ACUUCGGUGGCUGUAAAGAUGUCACCAUGUUUUAACUCUGCUAUAAACUCAAGUCUAGCGUGAGCAAUGUGGUUUUAACUUUACUGUCAUGUCUUUCUCGGAGUGGGCGGAGUGCCAGUUGGCCGAACUCGAACUGCUCACCAGCAUGUUUCCCUCUGAAGACGAGCUGCAGGUCCUGGACCAGCUGGCUGUGGCCGAACUCAGGGGCUACGUGGAGGGUUCUGGUUCUGGAGACAGUCCGCCUUCGUCCAGGCCUCAGUUCCUCAUCAAACAGAAGCUGGACGCUGGACACACGGAGAAGGAGGAAGUUGUUCUGUCCUGCUCGUACCCGUCCGAAUAUCCGAGCGUGUUGCCGGAAGUCACCGUUCGGUGCUCCAGUCUCAGCAGAGCCCAGCAGACUCGCCUCCACUGCGCUCUCACUUCCUACCUGAGUGAAAACUGCCGGGGGGAAGUGUGUGUACUGUCGGCGGUGGACUGGGUCAAAGAAAACCUGCCGUGUUUUAUUGAUAAGAGCUCACCAGCAGCGCCGGCCCUGAAAAGAGAAGCAGCCCACACAGCGCCGGUGGAAGGCUUCACUCGACUGUGGAUCUACAGCCACCACAUCUACAACACCAGCAAGAGGAAGAACAUCCUGGAGUGGUCCAGGGAGCUGGGCUUGUCUGGGUUCAGCAUGCCGGGGAAGCCUGGGAUCGUGUGUGUGGAGGGAGCCCAGGAGGCCUGUGAGGAGUUCUGGUCCAGAGUCAAGGCUCUGACGUGGAAGAGGAUCAUGAUCCGACACAGAGAGGACGUUCCCAUCGACCCCCAGGACCACAGAAGCGUGGACUUGCUUCGUAAAUUCAGCGGUUUCGAGGAGGCCAUGUUUGACCCUCACGGGAACCGAGGGAACCACAUGGACCUCGGGCUGCUCUACCAGUUCCUGAGUGAAAAAGGCUGUUGUGACGUUUUUCAAAUGUAUUUUGGCAUCGAGGGCCGGUAGCACGAGGCGACGACUGAAGACCUGAAGGACAGGCUCGCACACCACUUGUGACCUCAAGCAGGCCCCAGAGGGACAAAUACAUGAGUAAACACAAAUCUCAAUGGGAGUUUAGAGAGAGACAAUCGGCGUGUUGUCUCAGUUUUUCCCAGCAGAUGGCAGCAUUUAUUCGUCGAGAAUACUACAGUGACGGUGUUGUCAAACCACGAGCGAAAUCUUUCUGAUGUAAAAUUGAACAAUAACAGUCAAUAAUUAUAGCUCUAAAAGGGGUGUUUAAAAAUGAUGAGAAAAUCGUGAUUGUGAAAGGUGCAAGACUCGCUCAUUGAUGGCAACACGACUACAGUCGCCUCAUGCGUUCUCUUUUUGGACAAAGGGAUUGUUGACAGUUAUUAUCUUCAAUUGUGACCUGUUUAACAGUGAAAACAUGGAGGCUUUGUUGUUUCUUGCCUCUUUGCCUGAGCUGCAUUUUUCAAAUAAAUUAACGACAGAAAAAAUAAUGUUGACCCAAAUAACACUUUUCACUCCACUCCUGAGACUAGAGGAGAUUACGCUGAUAGAUGGAAAAUUAAAGUUAAAAACAAUACCAAAUUGAUGUUUAAGCUCUGCAGAUUCCACAGACAUUGGAUAAUUAUGUGGAGAAAAAUUAGAAUGCAACUGGUUAAUAAGGAUUUGUUGGUGAUAAAUCCGGUGCAUCUACUUUGAACAGCAAGUAGUUUUUGGAAAAUAAAUAACAUAUUGCUUUCUUAUGGAUGUAUUUGAUUAUCACUAGUAUUUUUUUUUUUUUUGCUUUACAACAACAAAUGAGCCACUAAUGCAGGGGUGGGCAUUUAAAUUUCAUGAAGGGCCACACUGUAACUGUUGUGAGGGGUCUUCAUGCUGAAAUACAGAAUUGCUUUAAAAGUUUACUGUCACUAUGGCUGAUAAAUACUGGAAGAUUGUUUAAGUGUGAAUAUCCUGGCUGUAGAAUUAUGGGUUAAACAUACAAACAAUAGUGAUAUAGAACCAUUUUAUUCCAAAGUGUUUUUACCAAUAUGUGAUAGGUACUUAUUCUUACAGACCAAAAGGGCUGAAUUAACAAAAGGAGAGCACUGCUUGUGGCCCCGGGGCCAUACUUUGCCCAGGUAUGCAUCUAAUUUUGGUGCAUUAACUAAUCAAAAUGGAAUAAAAUAUAUUUUGGUACUUGCAUAUGUUUAGUCUUGGACUGUUUCAGGUUAGGUUGCUUUCACUGAAAUGCGUGUUGUGUUGCUCUAGAAUCUCUACAAUGGUAGGUGCAGUGUCUUAAAAAACUAAUCUACGAUCCCACUGCUCACCCCCUGGUCAUAAUGUUUUGGUUGUGAGGGAAGAUUAUACCAGCUUUUUCAGCCGGGU